AUGACUCUCACUGUUGCCGCCCCCACUCAUGUGGUAGCUAUUCCUGCAGCCUUCUGGGGCCACUUGCGGCCCAUGUUGAAUCUCCUCCUCAACCUCCUCAAGAUCCAUCCCAACCUUCACAUCACGGUCUUCAUCACCCCCUCAAUCUCAUCCCACAUGCUGGUUGACCUCUACGCUUUCCAGAACAAGACAGACUCCGGAUCAGGCAGGCUCCUGGUCAUCACUUGCGGAGAGAAGCCACCCGAGGAUACGUUUGUAACUCCUGAUUUCACCGAGGAGGUCGAUAACUAUGCGAAGAUAUUGCCAGCUUUUGUUAAAGGUGUCUUCGAAGGGAAAGCUGAUCUGGGUCAUGGGAGAGUCAACAAGUUUGCCCAUGUCGUACCAAGCAAGAUCAUCUUCGACAUGUGCCAAACCUUCUUUCCGGCCGAGUUGAGAAAGAUCGCCAAGGUCCUCCACAUGCCUAUACCUCCUCUCUUCAUUUUCACACCUUUUAGUCUCGCCUCACUCUACCAACUUUUUCUCGAAGGCGGCGAUGGCAGAUAUGGCCGGAUCCUCAAGGCCGUGGAACGAGAUGUCAGCGCAGGUAUCGACAUUGCUGAAGCAUAUACCAAGCGACCUUGGGAAUUCAAUGGCUCCGUGAUCACCCCACCCGACCUGCCAUCCAAGUUUGACUAUGAGUGGUGGCCUCUGAUGAUCACUCAAGACACACCGGCUCAAGCUACUAUGGGCUUCAUCCCGACACACAGCGCUUUCCACGAUCGAGAUGUUGUCGGUGUUGUAGUGCCGUUCAUUGAAGAGCUGGAGCCGAAAGCCACUUCGACUUUAGAAGAGCGUUUGGGAAAGUCUAUCUAUGCCGUUGGUCCCCAGCUGCCAGAAGAAAUGUGGAAUGGAACCGUAUCUCAAGUCGCUCCUGAUGCCGAUGGGCAAAAGGUGAUCCGAUUCUUGGACGACCUGAAGGUCAAACAUGGCUCGAGGUCUGUCGCCUACGUCAGCUUUGGCUCCCUCUUCUUUCCCUUCACCCGUCCCGAGCUCGUCACGUACCUUCUCCAAUCCCUUCAAGAAUCCAGCACGCCAUUCAUGUUUGCUCAUCCUUCUGGUUUGAGACCUCCGCCGACAGGGCUGAUUGAACCCUUUGAAGGAUUGGAGGACGUCUGUUUAGUAAAGUUUGCUCCGCAAUGGCAGGUGUUGAACCAUGAUGCUACUGCGUUCUUUGUUACACUCCUCUCUGAAGUCCCUGUUGUCACAAUGCCUUUUGGAGGCGACCAACCGGAGAUCGCCUCUCUUUUGACUGAUAUUCUCCACGUCGGUAUCGAUCUCGAACAGUGCAAGACCUUCAAUGACCCCGCUUUCCGUACCCUUCAUGACGGCACCGAAGUGAUUGGUACUGAAAAGGCCAUAAAAGAGGAGAUGAAGGAGGCCUGGGUCAGAAUGAAGGCAUCGGACGGAAGCGAUAUGCGACUGAGAGUUAAGGAGGUAAAGAGUAGGCUUAGGGAUAGCUUGGCCAACGGACGAGCUGGGCGCGAUAUGGUGAAGCUUGGUCGAGUAGACUAA